ACUGAAGGAAGCCAAUAAUUCAACAGACAUGCCAAAACAUUGCCAGAACUGUUGAGACGACAGCAGUUGCUCUGAGCAUUGGAUCAUCAGGACAGAAUUUACAAUGAAUCAAUAUAGAAUUUAUAUAUAGUUCAAUUACUAUAGGCCCAUUCUUAGUCAUGUGUGUGACCAAAAAUCUGAAAGAUUGUGGAAUACAUCUCUUCUAAUACUGAGAGCAUUACAGACCCAACCAAAUAAUAACAGAAUACCUCCUACCUACCAACGAGUAAAACAUUCCUGAAACCCGUUUGUAAUUCAAUCUAUUUAUAAGAGGGAUCAGUUUGCAUUUGCAAAGGCACUGGGAGAAGACUAAAUCUUCAUCAUGUCCAAUCAAAGAAUUGUGCACCUGGAGUGUGGGAAAUCAACCCAAGUACUUUAUGUCCUCGGAACUGUAAUCAACAUUGACAUUUACAAACCAUCUCCCCCAGGGUGUCGAUCCUUUGAAGUCACCACGAGCCCUGGUGUCAAUUAUUCCAUCUCAGACAAACAGAAUGGCAGCGUUGUCACUCAUCCCGCGAUUCGCUGGGCUCUCAUUAAAGACAGCUUGCUUCGUGUCACGGUGGGCCAAGUAAGCUCAGCUGCCAAUGAUGGAAAGGUUAAGGUUACAUUUUAUGGAGACGAUUUGGAUAAACCGGUUGACAAGAUGACCCUGGAGCUCACAGCAGUCUACGUGUCUUUGGAUGUGGAUGCCGAUCGCGAUGGAAUAGUUGAAGAGAAUAAUCCUAAUAAGAGUUCUUGGAUGUGGGGUCCGGAAGGACACGGAGCUAUUCUCCUUGUGAACUGCGACAAGGAAUUGUUAACUACUCAAUCUGACAACAUGGAUGAUAAAGUUUACUCAUUUGCAGACCUAGCUGACAUGUCACGUAUGAUCAUAAGAACUGAAGGACCAAAGCUUAUGCCAGCUGGGUACACCCUCAAUCUGCACAUUUCACCUUCUGAUAAAAAGAAAGUCCAACUCUUUCGGCAUGAGAUAUCAAGCGUGACCAGUGUGUUGGGCAGAACCAAAGAAUUGACUGCUAUGGAUUUUACCAAAGGCCACAAUAAGAUUAUUUUCUCUGCUGAAGGGCUUGCGUUUCCACAUAAUAAGAAUGCUACUUUGGUGACCUUCAACCUCAGUGUGGUUCACCAACAGCUUCCUAUUUUCACUGAUCAAGUUGUACUUCAUUUUGCUCCAUGGAUUAUGACUCCUAAUACUCAGGCUCCCGAGGAGGUGUAUGUUUGUAGCGUGCUCCAUAAUGAGAAGUUCCUGAUAGAAUUCAAGAAGUUUGUGACGAAAGCACAGUGCAAGCUAACAAUCUUGCCAGAAAGUGAGAAUGAAAAUGACAUCUGGAUGCAGGAUGAAAUCGAGUUUGGUUACAUAGACGCUCCACACAAGUUCAUGAAUAUAGUGAUGGAUUCUCCUCGAAAUAGGGGCCUUAAGAAUUUCGCCUACAAAUUCCUCUUGGGCCGAGAUUUUGGACGUAUCGACUUGAAAAGUGACGGAGAAAUAAACUCUUUGGACGCCUUUGGAAAUCUGGAGGUCAGCCCUCCUGUGACAGUGAACGGCAAGGAAUAUCCGUUCGGCAGGAUUGUCAUCGGAAGCCACCUACCCAUCCACCCAAAAGGGAGAAAGAUGGUAAAGGACACCCAGGACCUUCUGAUGGCUCAGUCUGUGCAGUCUCCCAUAAUACUAUACUCGGACUGGUUGUAUGUUGGUCACGUCGAUGAGUUCAUGACCUUUGUUCCAGCGCCCGACAGAAAGGGUUUUAGAUUACUUCUCGCCAGUCCCCUUUCGUUCUACAGUCUGUUCAAGAGGCUCCAGAAAGAAGGUCAUGGAGAAGCUAUGAUGUUUGACAAUGCAUUCUGUGACCCAAUUAAAAUUAAUGACAUCCUGAAAAAUCAAGCGUUGCAUGAAAGAAAUACCCAUGUACAGCAUUGCAUUGAUUGGAACCGAGACAUCCUAAAGGUGGAAUUGGGAUUAGAUGAAGCAGAUAUUAUUGAUAUCCCAACAUUGUUUAAGCCAACGGAUGAAACCCAUGUAGCAGCUUACUUUCCAGAUAUGGUGAACAUGAUAGUUCUUGGCAAGUACUUGGGAAUUCCAAAACCCUUUGGGCCGCUGAUCAAUGGAGAAUGUGCACUGGAAGCUGUAGUGCGCUCAGCAUUGGAACCACUUGGCCUGGAUUGUACCUUCGUUAACGAUUUCACCUCCUACCACAAGAGGCACGGAGAAGUUCACUGUGGUUCCAAUGUUCGUCGCAAACCCUUUACUUUGAAGUGGUGGAACAUGGAGAUAUAAUCACCAGUUACAGUUCACACAUGUAACAAGCAUUGCCUUAUUUUUCUGCAGCUUUGAUAACAGUGUAACCUACUGGCAAGUCUAUAACCUAAUGACUUGGAACCUGUGCUCAUACCUUCUCAGGACGUAGGAAGUUAUUUUGUCCAAUAGUCUAUAUCUCAAAGCAGUCCCAUCAAUGCUAAUCUCCCACUCAUUUAGUCAUACAGCAUGGAAACAGGCCCUUUGGCCCAACUAUCCCACACCGGCCAACCUAGCCCACACAGGCCAACAUCAUUUCUAUUAAGAUUUAUCUCAUGGUCUAGAAAUGAAAUCAUCAGAGCUGCUGCUCUUUAUACCAGCAUCUCAGCACCAAAAAUAAACAUUAGAGGGUGGAGUUUGACCGCACUCAGGAAAUUGAACAAGUCCUCUUUACAAUUUAGACUUUCGAGAUACAGUGUGGAAACAGGCCCUUCAGCCCACCAGGUCUGCACCGACCAGUGAUCACCCCGUACUCUAGCACUAUCCUUCAAUUUUACAAUUUUACCAAAGCCAAUUAACCAACAAACCUGUACAUUUUUGGUGUGGGAGGAAAAGUGAGCGCCCGAAGAAAACUCAGGCAGGUCACGGGGAGAACGUACAAACUCCGUACAGACAGCACCUGUAGUCAGGAUCGAACCCGGGUCUCUGGCGCUGUGAGGCAGCAACUCUACCGCUGUGCCACCGUGCCACCAAAGGCUUGGACCCCCUGGCAUGAAUUUCCUUGAUUUCAGUGUCAGACACUGUUUACCGCUUUGUGAACUGCCAAGGAAUUUAGUUCAUGUUGUCCCAAGAUCACUCCUGUCUGGGACCCCUGGAAAUUCCCAGCUCGGUGCUGGACUGAGAUCUCACAGAGAUAGUUCCACUGGUUCCACUGAGUUCCACCUCAAUCAUCUCCCUCUGCCCAAUAACCAACGCACCAAAGAGAAGCACAAGGGGCAGGGCCAUGUGUGCCUCGCUAAAGUCUACAUCCACAACUCCACUCUGCCAGUGCUCUCAUCCCACUAAAGGAAGGUUUAAAUGGUUGAGACUAAAAGUCCCUAGGUGUAAAUAUUACCAGCAAUCAGUCGUGGACCAACCACAUUGAUACGACAGCCAAGGCACACUAACACCUCAACUUCCUCAGGAGACGGAGGAAAUUCACCAUGUCUCCAAGGAGUCUUACAAACUUCUACACAUGCACCAUAGAAAGCAAACAGUGGGGUUGCAUCACAGCUUGGUUUGGGAACAACUCUGCCCAUGAUCGCAAAGAAUUGCAGAAAGUCAUGGAUGUAGCCCAGUCCGUCACCCAGAUCAGACUCACCACCAUUGAUUCCAUCUUCCCUUCAUUCUGUCUUGGAAAAGCAGCCAACAUAAUCAAAGACUUGUCCCACCCCGGACAUUCCUUCUUGACCCCGCUCCCAUUGGGGAGAAGGUACAGAAACCUUAAAGCGCGUACCACCAGAGUCAGGAACAGCUUCUUCCCCUUGUUGUCGGGCUUCUGAACAGUCCUUCCAUAAAGUAGGGGACUGUCCGAUUCACCUCUACCCCAAUGCGGACAUUAGACUUUCUCUGGAACUGCUACAAUGCUGAGAACUGUAUGAUUCUUUGUAAUUUGAUUGCGAUAUAAUGCCUCUACUGCUUGCAUUUAUGCUUUGAUUGUAGUGUUUACUUAGCUUAAUAAACUUAUCAAUGAAUUG